AUGCCCACAAUCCUCACUCCCCAAGGCUGGGUCAAAGUCAGCCAGAUUCCGGGCAAGAGGCCGGCUAACCAUGAUCCGGCCGAAGCUCUUAAAGGGCCAUUGGCAUAUUUCAGCUGUCAACCACUUCCCUCCAGCAAAGUUCCGAAUGGUGCAAGAAAUAAACCCCAGUUCCCUUACGACCUCUCUGCCUCGCCGGAAAAGUUGAAAAGACAGUCUCAUGCCAGAAUAGGUGGGAAAAACAGGAACAUUUCGGCUCCUCAACCUCGAUUGGAAGAUGAUGAUGAAGAUGAGGAUGCGGAUCGGAAAUCUCACUCAUCUCGUUCUUCACUCUCGACGAGAAGCGUAUCACCUGCUCCGGAGUUACCACGUUCCCAUCACUCAUCAAAAUCUCGACACCAGUGCUCUCACGAUGAGGGCCGCUCCAAAUCCGGAUCAAGCCGAAGCCCGCAUAGAUCCUACUCCCACCAUCCACCUAUCGAAACAAAUCCACAGCCUGUAGUCGCGCAUUCGUCAGGGCCAGGGCAAUAUCACCCCAGAAACAGCUACAACAAUUACUCUCCUCCAGGGUCAUUCCAGCGUCCACCACCUCCGACCAAUGCGAGAAGCAUGUCGUAUAGUUGGUACAAUGCCACUACACCCUUGAAUUUGUGA